AUGCAUACAUACAGGUGGGUACCUACUCCUGUUUGGUAGACAGUAGACAGUAGAAUCUUGCGGUGUCGCAUUUUUUUCUUAGCGCGUAAAAGCGAAUAUUAUGGUUCAGUUUAUUGCCUCGCUUCUAUCGUAAAUACGGACAGCAAACAAAUUGUUGCGACUUGAUUUUUCGAUAAUGUUGGAUUAUGAUGAGAGUGAUACAGAUUUCGUUUUGCGUAGUUGUUUUUGCCGUGUUCGCUUUUGGUGACAAGACGACCAACUGCGAUAAAGGCGAUAUUCACUUCGAAAAAGUCUUAGGGUACAAACCCUCCGAUGAAAAUAAACCCUUACUUCUGCACAGAAACGACAGCCAUCCAGUAACCGUAGAUUGUAUUCAAAAGUGCCAAAGUAACCAGGAUUGUAGGAGUUUCAUUUUAGAUUAUAAAACGUCGACUUGCUAUUGGUAUCGGCAUUCCGUUGACGAAAACGGUAUUGUUCCAGAUAAUAACAUUGCUUGGUUCGUCAAAAUAUGCCUAAGAGGUAAUCCAUGCCCGGAGAAGCUCUGGAAGUUUGAAAGAAUACCUGGUGCCAUCCUUAUAGGCAACGAUACAAAAACACUGCCGGAAAAAGUGACUAGAAAUGAGUGCGAACAAAACUGCCUUUCCUCUAAGAGUUUCGAGUGUAGAUCGACAAAGUUCAGGGUGAAAAAUGCGAAUUAUAAUGAGAACUUUUCGGCUAUGGGUACUUGCACAUUGAGUGAUAGUGACAGACGCUUGUCGCCAAGCGGUUUCAGGGUAGGUAGAGACGUGGAGGAAUACUUUGAGAACCAGUGCUCCAGUGAUUACAACGGUUCCAAAAACACCUUCUGCGCAUACGAAGAAUACGGUGAUGUGCUGCUUCAGCACGUCGAUCUGAUCUACGAGAAAAAGUCCAAGAGCGAAUGUGAAGAGAUAUGCGACAAACUUACAAUUUUCCAUUGUCGUGGUUUCAGUUUGAAACCAGCUCAAACUGGUUUCACUUGUCUGAUCCAUAGUGAAGAUAGUAAAAUUAACGGACCCAGAUUGUUGGAAGAGUCCAGGAAAGGUUUCUAUUACGAGAAAGCCAAAUGUUUGAAUGUUACAGUUACAUGUACAGAAGACUCGAUAACAAUAGAUUACAGGCCCGAAACUAAUUUCUCAGGACGUAUUUACAUGCAAGGGUAUUCAGAUCACCCAGAAUGUUUCACCAAGGGCAAAGGUUUUAAAACUCUUAGUUUAAGACUACCUCUGCCUACUAGUCAGUGUGGCAUCACAGAAGCUGCCACCCCUGAUAACAGGAGGUUACUAAGUGGAUCUUUGAUCAUUCAGUACAAUAGUUUUGUCCAAAUGCAGGGAGAUAGACUGAUAAAAGUUGGUUGUAUUUUUGCCAAUGAUUCAAAACUAGUCGUUGGGACUGGUGUUACGGUAGCUCCGAUACACUCGGAUAACGGCAGUUCCCUCAUAAAUUCUACUAAUUCUCCAUCUGAUGGCGGAACCCCUUCUGGACCUUCAGUCCAAAUGAAAUUGGUUGAUCACUAUAGCAAACAAGAAGUUUCUGAUAUUCAGAUAGGACAAGACGUUGACCUCAUCAUUGAAGCUUCCACAAAAGGCAACUUCGAUAUAUGGGUAAGCCAUUUGGUCGCCAUGACCGAAAAUGGUGGCGAAUCUAUUAUGUUACUGGAUGAUUCAGGAUGCCCAGUGGACAAUAACGUAUUUCCUCCUAUGGUUAAAUCAAGAAUGAACAACGUGACAACAUUAACUGGAACAUUUCAGGCGUUCAAGUUCUCGUCAUCCCCUGCUGUUAGAUUCAGCGUAAUCGUACAGUUUUGUCCAGAAAAGUGUCCUGAAGUUGAUUGUCGAAAUCAUAGCCGACACAAGAGAGGUCAGUAUAAAACGCUGAAUGGAACCAUACAGAGUAUAAACAGGACCGAAUUCGAAUUGAUAAAUUCACAGUUCUACAAGAGGCCAUUGGAAAUCAUGGUGGUUGUUAGGAAUAAUAAUCUUUCACCUGACAGACUCGCAUUCGGAAGUAAUAAAGUCUUAGUUGCAGGAUACAAUUAUGAAACCAAUGAAGUAUGUGUAGAUUAUUCCUUGCUCCUUGGUUUGGUCAUCUCGUGGGUUCUAAUACAAAUCAUCUUCGCUAUAGCUUGUAUCAUAAUGGUGAGAAAGUACAAAAAGUAUUACCAGGAAGAAUAUCUGAGACAAGCCUACGAUGAAUAUAAUAAAAACUUCGACAUAGGGGACAGCAAUUUAGAUUCACGAAGAGUGCGAUGGGCAGACAGUGGGGAUGAAGUGCAGUAAUAUUUUUUUCCUAAUUUAUUCAAGAACGCUAUAUACAAUGAAUUAAACAAUUAAAAAACAA